GCUCUCUGCUCACUCGUUCCACUGCCACCGUCCUCACCAGUCUUCGGUCUUCCGACUCGUUCUGCGUCUGCUCCCUUUCCCUGUUCAACCGCGUUCCUCGUCCAUCUCUCACGAUUUCACGGUGAUCGUCGACCGACAAUAAAUGUUAUUGUGAAAUAAUAUUAUUUUUCGUGUCGAUCAUUUUUCCCGUGACUCGAUUGGACAAAUUUUCAAAAAUGCCAAACUCCGUGUCCAAUUCACCGCAACCCGGGCCGAGCGGUGCAGCACGACGGGCCAAGGCUCCUAAACGCACGCGGUGGGCGAGAAUACAGGCAGCGGCGGCGAGAAAACGGGCAGCGGCGGCGAAAAAACGGGCAGAGAAACUUCAAGCACUGGCCCCUCCAAGUCCACCGAAGUAUACGGUGAUCACGAUGCCGAACGGCGAUAUGAUACUACAAAUUUACCAAGAACCUGGAGAUAUGCCACAGAUUGUUGAAAUGAUGACUAAAAAAAAUUUUCCACUCUUGAUGUGUUCAGAAGACGAUGGGUACAACCCACUACUUUUAAAAUCCAUUCAGUUUUAUCAUCAGGAUACUAAAGACAGAUUGGUAGUACCACCACAUAUUAAGUUAAAUGUAACAUAUGAUUCAUAUCACCGCAAAACAGUGAGUUGGAUGGUCGAUAUUGAACGUAGAAAUUCUAUAAACGAUCAAUCUCAGUUUACAUCUGGUAUUUUAGCAGAUGUAUUAGAUGAGGAUAAACGAUUGGAGAUGAUUUCUUGCAUUGUGGCAAAUACCGCACCAACAAUAACCUAUCGGCAAAAAGUCCUACUUGAUGGACGCAGUGAAAAAUUAAAAUCAGAGUUUCCGAUACCAUUACAUAGCAAAUGUAUAACGUCAAAAAUAAACAAAACAUUCUAUUAUGGACCAAAAAUAUUCAAUACAUUAAUAAAAGAUAGAUCGCAAAGUAUUAUUCAGCGUUUAUCUAAUAGAUUGUAUUUAUCAAAAAGAAAUGUUGGGAGUGAGGAAAAUCUUGCUUGUUAUUGUAACAAUAUACCCUCAAAAAGCUCUUUACUGAUUUGUGAAAUGUGUGGUGAAGCCCAGCAUAAAAAGUGUGUGGUGUAUGAUCCAAGAACGGAAGGAGGGCUGCCAUAUUUGUGUUCCAGUUGUUGGACAUUCAAUGAUCCCAUUCAAUGUAGAGCUACACUAAUCGUUGUUCCAGACAAUUGUUUGGAACUGUGGAAUCAAGACAUUAAGAGAAUUGUUAGUCCAGCAUUAAAGUGUUUUGUCUACAAUGGACUCCAAUCAUGUAAUUUUAUACAACCAACUAUUUUUAAUAACUAUGAUGUAGUUCUUAUUUCAUAUAGUAAAAUAGAAAAGGAAUUAAAAUAUGGACUAUAUUAUGUCGAUGAAAAUCAAGUAACCACUGGCUUGCGGUGGUUUAAAAAAUACCCCAAAUCUCCACUGCUUUGCAUAAACUGGUGGAGGAUAUGUCUAGAUCAACCACAAUCGUACAACAAAAACAUUGAAAAAAUAUUGACAAAUCUUUUGCCUUUAAGAUCAGGGCAUAAAUGGAUAUUGCCUGGAGCAUUAAUACAAGAUUCACCACAAGAUUUUUUUAGUAUUGUGAAGUACUUGAAUUUAUUAGGUGAUAAAUUUGAUGAUAUCGAUUUUAUUCAGGCGGUAAAAGAAAAAAAGGAAGAUUUGAUUAUUUGGAUUUCAAAAUUUGUAUGGUCUAAUUUAAUAAGAAAUAUCCAUUUAGAAUUGAAUUUACCAUUUCCAAUUCAUGAAAUUCAUUGGUUGAGUUUUCCACCAAUCGAAAACUAUUUUUAUAAAAAUUGUGAACGGUUCUAUGCUUCAUACAUAAAAAACAAAGGAAAUUCUGCUUUGAUGAAUAAACUAAUGGAUGUUGAUGGAGAUACAAAACUGGAUAUUGUUGGAGCUAUUUUAAUUUUACUAGAAGCAUGUGUAGUGCCAACGAUUCGUGGUGAAGAAAUGUUGAACAUAAAUGGAACUUUUGGGUUAAGAUAUACGUUAGAAGAGAGAAAAGUCAAGUAUCAUGGUGAAUGCAACACAUUGUUGCAUCAGUGGGCUGAAUGUCUGACAAAUUUGGCCGAGGUGCACACCUUUGUUCUAAAUAAGAGUGGAUAUUAUAUGGACCUUGUUGUAACUGACUUAAUGCAACUAAUGAAUAAUUUCUACAAAAGCACCUUUACAAUUGGAACAGAUUACGAGUUACUCGAAAUGGUUUUUAAAUUUAUCAAUCUUCUCAAAGAAAAUGCUUCUGUUAAACUCAGAUUUCCUGACAUUGCUCGAUAUUACUUGGAAAAUGCAAUUAUAGAUUUGGAGUCAAAUAUUUUAAAAGUUCACCCAAUUAAUAUUCUUAAAAAGCGAAAUAUCCUACGACGGAAGUUAUUCGAGACAAGUGAUAUGACUGAAAAAUUUAAUUCACUUAAACAUAAUUAUUGGUGGAUUAAGAUGUUGGAAUGUAUUUCAUCACCGUUAGAUUUUUUAAUGGAAGUUAAAACAACUAUAGAUAAUAAUCUCAAAUCUUCUAUACCGAACAUUGUGAAUAAAUUGAAAUCAUUGGACGAUGUUAAUUUUACUCUAACUAAUUGGCUAACAGAUACCAUAACAACUAGAAAUAGUCUGGUGUCAACUUAUAGAACAUUAGAUAGAAACUCCCGUGGCAAUAUCGUUGAAUAUUGUUGUGCUAAAGCUUUUUGUACUACAGGAAAUGAAUGCUUACUUUGUCAGUUUGAACAUAAAUUACAUCAUUAUAAGAGAUUAUUAUUUAAUGAUAAUAUUGAAAACAUCGAUGAAAAUAUCAUUAAAAAUCUUAAUGAAAGUAAUCGAGAACAAACUGUAUCCCAAUAUGAAAUUUUAUUAAGGAGCUUAAUUUUGUGUGAAAACAACAAUAGUGUGACUGAUGAUUAUAUAAAAAAAGCAACUGAACAUAUGGAGAUUCUAAACAUACUUAGUUCAGAAUUUCUUUGUAUGUGGAACCUAUGGCUUAGCCUUGAUAAAUAUAAGAAUUCUUGCAAACAAAUUAUUAAAGCUAAGUCAAAACCCACAGUUGAUGAUGUUUUAGCUAAAAUCCAAGAACCUGGUAAACAUACAACUAAAAAAAAAAAGAUGAAAGUUAAUGUCGCUGAUCCUAAAAGUGCUGAGAUUACCGACUUGUUGACAGAACGUUUGAAAGAAUUGAAAUCAAAGAAUUCAUUUUACUUUGAAAAAUUAAAAACCAGACAUAAAUCUCUUAUGGCCUUACAGAUGAUACCACCUUAUAGUAAUUCAAAUUCUACUUUUUAUUCGUGUGAUGCUUGUGAUUCUAUAAUGAAUGAACAUUUAUUAUUAAACUGUGGUCAUUGCGUAUGCAAUAAAUGUUUCAUAGAAGAAUGUGAUGCUACAUAUUCAAUCCAAUUGAGUUGCCCGAAAUGUUUUCUUAUAUAUUCAAUGAAAGAUAUGGAGCGCAUUAAAGAGUAUCAUGAUUUUGGGGUCCAACUGAAUGGAUCCUAUUGUAUCAAAUUAGAAAGUAUAGUUUCUAAGUUAAAAGAAUUUAUAACUAUAGAUGAAUAUAGUAAAGUCGUAAUUUUCUCGUCUUUUAAAACAUCGUUGGAUUGCCUUUCUUCAGCGUUAAGCCUAAAUUCUAUACAUUUUAUGAAAUUAGAUUCGGAAAGUUCAAAUAGUACUACUAUCCUAAACACCUUUGAGAAUUCAAAACAUAUGACAACAAUAUUAAUCAAUUUAAAUGUGGAAUUGAAUUAUUUGAAAUUAAACUUUGCAACAAGAGUAUUUUUUAUGGAACCAAUUAUGGACAAAUCAUUUGAGAAUAAAAUUGUGGAUCAAAUAUGUAGUAAACGAAUAUUACCAACAUAUGUACAUCAUUUCAUCAUUAAAGAUUCUAUCGAAGAAAAAAUCUCAAAAACAUUUACCAAUAAUGACACUUCAUUAGGUAUGGAUCUCACUCUAGGUCAACUAGCAGAAUUACUUAUAAAUGAAACAGAUCUACAAAUUGAUUAAAUAUUAACAGAUAAUAACAUACUAUCAAUACUAUAUAAAUUCAAUGUUUUUAUUGUAUUUUAUUGUUAUGAAUUAACAUACA